AUGUUGACUUUUCAGACGAGUCCCGGUUCUGCGUGCAGCAUUCUGAGGCUCCGAGUAAGGUCGCUCCGAGUGUCUGGAUGCUCGUCGCCUGCUUGCAUUCGAUAUCGGCAUAGGGGCCCUGCACCUGGUAUAAUGAUAUGGGCAGCCAUUGGGUACAUUACACGCACAUCUCUAGUUCGGAUCGACGUUGGUUCUGGAUCAGCUGGAGCAGUUUUGGCUUAUAGAUUAUCACAAAAUCCUUCUAUUAAAGUACUUAUUUUGGAAGCAGGAGAAUCACCACCUCUAGUUGCAGACAUUCCUUCUUCAUAUCUCAAUCUUCUCACCACAAAAUUCAAUUGGAAUUAUACUUCUGUACCCAGUGAUACAAUAGCUCAAGCAAUAAAAAAUAGAGUAUUUGGUAUCGAUGCAGGCAAAAUUUUGGGUGGAACAGCUAUGAUAAAUCAAAAUGUGUUUGCUCGUGGAAAUAAAUACGAUUACGAUAGCUGGGCUCGAAAUGGUGCAGCUGGGUGGGAUUGGGAUAACGUACUUCCUUAUUUUAUUAAACUGGAGGAUAAUCAUAACCCAGGAAUUGCUGUAAAUGGUUAUCACGGUGUUGGUGGACCUAUAGUUAUGGAAUUUCCUACUUUUCAUGCACCUGUAACUAAAGGUUAUGUAGAAGCAGCUGCCUCUAUUGGUUAUCCUAUAGGAGACUUCAACGCUUGGCCUCAAACUGUUUUUAUGCCGCCACAAGGAACAUUAUUCAAAGGAAGAAGAUGGACUACAUUUCAUGGAUAUAUCGAACCAAUAAGAGGGAGAAGAAAUAUUCGAAUAAUUACAUUAGCAUAUGUUACAAAAAUACUUAUAAAUGAAAAUAAACGUGCCUAUGGUGUUAUUUUUGAAAUUAAAGGAAGAGGAUUUAAAGCCAUAGCUAAGCAAGAAGUGAUUUUAUCUGCAGGAGCAUUCAAUUCUCCAAAACUUUUACUUUUAUCUGGAAUUGGAAGGAAAGAAGUUUUGAUAAAAUUUAAUAUACCAAUUAUAGCUGAUCUUCCUGUAGGAGAAAACUUAAUAAAUCAUUUAUCAACUGGAGGACUUCAUUUUAGCGUUAAUUCUUAUACAUUUAAUGAAAAUAGAAUUACAAAAGAAAAUUAUGUACAGUUUUCGGUUAAUGGAACUGGACCAUUAUCGUCUUUAGGUGGUAUAGAAACGCUAGGAUUUGUAAAUUCAAAAUAUAAUAAAAAUCUAAAUUGGCCAGACAUUGAAAUAUAUUGGACUUCGAAGAGUCUUGCGUCUGAUUCAUUAUGGAGAGCUAAUUCGGGUAUUACUGAUGAGUUAGCGAAGAUAUUUGAAAAAUUCCGAUCCCUGGACACAGUAAUUUGUUCUCCUUUUCCGACUCGUCCAAAGAGCAAAGGAACCGUAACUAUCGAAUCCACUGAUCCAUAUGCCGCUCCAGUAAUUGAUUUUAACUAUUAUUCUGAUCCAUACGAUAUAAAAAUUAUGGUAGAAGGAAUGAAGUUUUGUUUAAAUUUGACGUCUACCAAAGCUAUGAAAAAAUUCGAUGCCAAACCACUUCCAUAUACAAUGCCGGGUUGUGAAAAACAUAAAAAGUUUAGCGAUAAAUAUUUAGAAUGCAUGGCAAAAGCAUUUCCUUUCGCUUUACAUCACUUCGCAGGAACUUGCAAAAUGGGUGCAUUCCAUGAUCCAACAACAGUGGUAGAUCCUACUCUCAGAGUUAAAGGUAUUGAUGGAUUAAGAGUAGUUGAUGCUUCAGUUAUUCCAACUCAGAUAGGAGGGCAUAUCAACAUACCUGUUAUUAUGAUAGCCGAAAAAGCUGCAGAUAUGAUCUUAGAAAGUUAUCAAAAUCGAGAAUAUAAUUAUUAUAAUAAUCGCUUUUUUCGGAAUCCUUAUCGUAGUAAUUACUUUAAAUAACUUUUUUUUUUCAAAGUCUCUAAUUAUAAUUUAUUCUUUUAGAAUUAUAGUAAAUCAUUCAUAUAAUAAAAAACAAAACUCAAA